AUGACUACUACUGUUGAUAGACAAUACGUUCAUGAAGGUGGGAUCAAGCCAUAUUUUGAACAACAGAUUCAAGAUGUUGAAAUUAAGAUCCAAUCAACCACCCAAAACUUACGUCGAUUAGAAGCACAACGUAAUAAGUUGAAUUCAAAAGUAAGACAAUUGAAAGAUGAAUUACGUUUGUUACAAGAACCAGGAUCAUACGUCGGGGAAGUGGUUAAAGUAAUGGGGUUGAAAAAGGUUUUGGUGAAGAUUCACCCAGAAGGGAAGUAUAUUGUUAAUAUUUCAAAAGAUAUUGAUAUUAAAAAAUUAACUCCAUCAUUGAGAGUUUGUCUUAAAGCAGAUUCUUAUGAUUUGCAUAAGAUUUUGCCAAAUAAGGUUGAUCCUUUAGUAUCCUUGAUGAUGGUUGAAAAAGUUCCUGAUUCAACUUAUGAUAUGGUUGGUGGUUUAGAUAAACAAAUUAAAGAAAUUAAAGAAGUUAUUGAAUUACCAGUAAAACAUCCAGAACUUUUUGAAAGUUUGGGUAUUGCUCAACCAAAAGGGGUUAUAUUAUAUGGACCACCUGGUACCGGUAAAACUUUAUUGGCCCGUUCAGUAGCUCAUCAUACCGAAUGUAAAUUUAUUAGAGUGUCUGGUUCAGAAUUGGUACAAAAAUAUAUUGGUGAAGGUUCAAGAAUGGUUCGUGAAUUAUUCAUCAUGGCUCGUGAACAUGCUCCUUCGAUUAUUUUCAUGGAUGAAAUUGAUUCUAUUGGUUCUUCCCGUGUUGAAGGGUCUUCUGGUGGGGAUUCGGAAGUUCAAAGAACUAUGUUGGAAUUAUUAAAUCAAUUAGAUGGUUUUGAAAGCUCAAAAGAUAUUAAAAUCAUUAUGGCUACUAACAGAUUAGAUAUCUUAGAUCCAGCCUUAUUAAGACCCGGUAGAAUUGAUCGUAAAAUUGAAUUUCCUGCUCCAACCGUUACUGCUAGAACUGAUAUCUUGAAAAUUCAUUCUAGAUCAAUGAACUUGACCAGAGGUAUCAAUUUACGUAAAAUUGCUGAAAAAAUGAAUGGCUGUUCUGGGGCUGAUGUUAAAGGGGUCUGUACAGAAGCUGGUAUGUACGCUUUAAGAGAACGUAGAAUCCAUGUGACUCAAGAAGAUUUCGAAUUAGCUGUUGCUAAAGUCAUGUCUAAAAAUGAUGAAGGUGCCGUAUCCUUGGCUAAAUUAUUCAAAUAGAUCCUUUCAUCUCACUACUUCUUUUCAUUUGUUUCUAACUUUGUUAGACUUCAUCUUUUCUUCUAACUUUGUUAGAAUUUGUAAAUUAGCACUCUUUUAAUUCAUUUAAAUCUAUAUCUAC